AUGACAGACUAUAAGAAGAGUGAUGAAGUGAGUGAUAUGAAAGUGAAAAAUGAAUGCUUUUUCUUUCAUAAUCAUCAUGACUUAAGACAUGAAGCAAAUGCAAAGGAUUCAUGUAAGGUGGUUCACAAUCGUAAUAUGUUAAAAGCACCAUCUGUAACUGAGGAAUAUGGAUACAAGUGUCCAUCAGAUGGGGAUCAGACUAUACAAAAGGGAAUUCUUAAGGAGGACACACAACUAAAAGUGAAAGCCACAUUGAAUUGUUUUGUGUGUGAGGUUUGUAGUAAGAAAUUCUCUGCAAAGAGCCAUAUAACCAUUCAUAUGAGAGUUCACACAAAGGAGAAGCCAUACAGUUGGGAUAUUUGCAAUAAUGCCUUCCCAUCUAAAAGUGAUCUAGUAAAGCAUAUCAGAGUACAUACAAAGGAGAAGCCAUACAUGUGUGAGAUUUGCAAAAAGGAUUUCUCAUAUAGCACUAGUCUAGUGAAUCAUAUGAGAAAACCAAAUUUGGCGAGGCAUAUUAGAGUACAUACAAAGGAGAAGCCAUACAUCUGUGAGACUUGCAAUAAGGCCUUCUCUGAGAGAAGUAGUCUAGUAAGGCACAUGAAAAAUCAAUACCUAGUGCCAAACAUGAGAUUACAUAGAAAAGAGACCCCAAGUAUCUGUGAGCUUUGCAAUAACAAGUGUAUUGAGCUAUAUGAAAAAAGAGAACUUAGUACUACAAAUGAGAGUAAAUGGAGAAGCGAGAAGCGAUGGUGUCACAGUCCUUAUAUCUAUGAGAUAUUUUUAGAUGGGCAAAAGAUCAAAAUCCAUAAAUCUGCACCUAUUGGCUUCUGGUCGACAUGCACUCCAUCUCGGACAUAA